AUGCUUGAGGAUUUGGAUGGGUUUAUUUUCAGGCGAAAUGGCAGGCAGGGAACUAAGGGACGAAGGCUCUUCUCUGAAGGAAAGGGGGAGUUGGAAGUGGCUCGGGGAAACACCGAUGGGAUCUUCAGUUUUAAAUUUGUCCGGGAAAAGAAGAGAAAGGUAGACUUGGAGGUAGAGAGCUUAGGGAAGAAGUCCAAGGGAAAAGAUGUGGUAUGGACAGAAGAAAAGGGCAAAGAAGGGAUGGAGGUAUGCGAGGAAGGAGAUAUAUGCAGCAGCAUAGUAAUUAGGGAAGUGCCAAAGAAGAGAAUGAGUGUUUCCUCUUUGCAUGAAAAACUUGAAGAAGGAGGGACACUAGGGGGCUUAGUUAGAUUAUGUGUUGAAUAUGUGCUUGAGAAGAAGAAAACAGGGUAUGGAAUGGAUUUGGGGAGGAAGCUCCAUCAGAACGAAGACUUGAUUAAGAAGAGGGAUGUUGAAAAGGAAGUCGAAGAGGCAGAGAAAAAGAUUGAAUGGGCUUCCUGCGAAGAGGAGAAAUGGAACAGCUUGAGAAAUGAGGUGGAGAACUCUAAUUUAAUCGAGAUUCGGGAGCCCAAAAAAAGAGUUCGGGAUUUUGGAUAUGAAGAGAAGAUGGAAGGGGUGCGGCGAGAGUUUUCAGCAAAGAUAGAAAGGCUUGAGUUUCUAAAGGAGUCUGCUUUGGCCUGUGUUUCCCGGAUAAGAGAGCAAAGCGAGGAUCUUCUUGGACGGAUCUUAAGAAUCAUGUGUAAAGAAAAAGAAGUGGAUACGCUUUUCCUGCUCAAGACCUUAUCUAGAACAAGCAAGUAA